AUGGACAAGAUCCUGCUGUCUGAUGAAAAUCUCAGAAAGCCUUUGAAGCCAGCAUACUAUGGAACAGCAGGGUACCGGUCGAAAGAUUCUGAUCAGAACAACAUAAUGUGCAGGGCGUCGCUUAUAGCAUAUCUGCGAUCUACCACACUUGCAGGAAAGGUGAUUGGGGUGAUGAUAACAGCAAGCCACAAUCCUGUGGAGCACAAUGGAAUUAAGAUAAUUGAUCACACUGGAAGCAUGCUUGAUGAGAAGUGGGAGCAGCAUAGCGAUGUGCUGGUGAACUGUGAAGACAAGGAUCUUCCAAGAGUGAUGAGGAAGAUUUUGAUGAGCUUCAGCAAUCAAACAGAGCUAGGGGAGGGUGUAAGAGGGCAUGUGGUGCUUGGAAGAGACACUCGAGAAAGCGGAGUAAGCAUUUGCAGGAACAUUGCAUCUGUUUUGGGCAAGCUGAAUUGUACGGUUGAUGAUUAUGGUGUUGUUACUACUCCUGAACUUCACUUUUUAGUAAGGAGAAGUAAUUUGGAGGACAAGGUUGUUGAGAAAGAGGAAUACACGGCGAGCCUGGUGAGCAACUUCAGGAAGCUUGUAUCGAAUACGGGGCUUAACUUCAAGAUGGCGGUAGAUACUGCAAAUGGAGUUGCAGGAAUAGAGCUUGAAGAUCUGGAGAAGAGACUUGGAGGAGAUUUGAGAUGCAGGGUGCUUAAUGAUUCGAAUGGAAUACUGAAUCUUGAUUGCGGAGCAGAUUUUGUCAAGACAAAUAAUAGAGCGCCGAAGCUGGAAGCGCUAGAAUCUGCAGAAUUCAGUGUGUCUACACAUGAGAUUUGUGCGUCAUUUGAUGGAGAUGCAGACAGGCUGAUGUUUUUUACUGGGCCGAAGAGCACAAGGAUAUUUGAUGGCGACUUUCAAGCGGUUUUUUUGGCGUUUUUUAUCAAGCAACAUCUUGAUGAGAUUGACUCGAAGAUGAGCAUGGGAGUGGUGCUGUCUCACUACUCAAACGAUGCGGCGAUUGGCCUGUUACGUUCGAAUUCGUUCAAUGUGGUGCUGGCGCAGACGGGAGUGAAGAAUUUUGUGAAUGCAGCAAGAGCGUUUGACGUGGGAGUGUACUUUGAGCCGAAUGGGCAUGGAAGCGUGUACUUUUCGCAGGCGUUUUUUGAUGAGGUUGCAGAAGGGUCCAGCAAGUAUCAUGAGAUUCUAAGAGCAUUGUCUGGCUUGUUUGAUCCGUGUGUUGGAGAUGCAGUUGCGAAUUUCUUGGUCUUCAAAGGAAUAAUGGCAUCAGCAAAUGACCUGAGUAGGUUCAAGGAGAAUCCCAGCAGGCUGCAUACUGUAGUCAUCAAGGACAAGAACAGUAUUAAGGUUGAUUUGAACAAUCGUGUUCUUGAGCCUAAGGGAUUACAGGAAAUGAUUGAUGCUGAGAUGGCGAAUUUCAAAGGCAGGUCUUUUGUAAGGCCCUCUGGCACUGAGAAUGUGGUGAGGAUAUAUGCAGAGUGUUCUGACAGCGAUAGCACGGAUCUCCUGUGCUUGAAUGUAGCAACGCAUGUCUACACGAUGUGCGAAGGAGUGGGGAAUCUUCCUGAAAUUGACUACACGAAGUGA